AUGCGACCAUGCUCUUCCGUGCGUCUUGUUCUUCUCAAGCUGUUCCACAAGGAGGCCUGCCGAACCAUGGGCGUCAAUCACCCGAUGGCCAUCAUCUGCCAGGAGCUCCUGCACGACCAGGACUCUGCUGACAUGUCCAUCCGGGCUCUGGAGUGCAUGUUGGACCUACGAUCUAGCCUUGAUCCAUCUGACGUGUCUGUCGUUUAUCGCUCGCUGGUCGCCGUGCUCCGUCGCAAUGGAGACCUCGAUGGGGCAUUGGAGAAAGCGGCCGCGGCCGCCGAGUUGAACCGGUUUCGGCUCGGAGCUCAGUCUGACAAGGCGCGCAGAGCGGCAGCAGACCUAGCUCACGUCUACAUGGCCACGCGGUCGGAGAACGGCCUCUGGCGUGCGCUCAUGUACUCCUGCGCAGCUGUUGUCAGGGAGGUGUCGAAUGACGUAGGGAUGGGCGAGGAAGCACCAUGCUAUGGAGAUGGGAUCGCUGUGUAUUCUAUGGAAGACAUCGCGGAGAUAUAUCAGCUCUAG